GCUUUUCCUUUCACACUUGGUUUCAGCUGCCGGCUGCCCUUCUACUCCGGCCGACUCUCUAGCUUUCCGAUCCCUCCGGCGCCGACCGAGUUCUCCCGAUUCCCCCUGCCCGUGUCCGGUUUGGCUUCCUCCGUCGUCGGAAUGGGUUACGCCUUCUGAUCCGCCGUCUCCCCUCCUCCUCGCGUUUUUUCUCCGACCCAGUGUAUCCCAUCCUCCGACACAUCUCCUACGUUGCGACUAUGGCUAUCCGACUCACCGUCUCCUUCUCCGGCUACCUCGCCCAAAACCUUACCGCCGCCGCCGUUGGGGUCCGCUGCGGCGGAAACGUUCGUCUUUUCCACGACGCUGGGCGUCCCGUUCCCCUAUUCGCAAGGAAUGCUUCCGAGCAUAGUCCCCCGCCGAUCCUCGAAUGCCGAUCCGUCUCUCACCAGGACUCGGCCCAGGUUUUCUUCUCCGAAGCCGUGCAGGCUAAGGAGUUGGGACCUUCUCUUGCUCCAGGCCUGUUCUCUGUGAUGUCUUCCGGCUCCAGAUCAACGGAAGGAUGCUUAAUGAGUGCCUCUUCGAUGUCGACGAUGGGCUUCAAGCCGUCGUCUUUGAUCCCUCUGUUCCAGACGUCCAGGUGGUUCCCGUGCAAUGAGUUCCUUACCGGGUCGACAAGAGUCGACUCAGUGGAUAAGGGAGGAACUUGUUCUUCAGAUCCUCCUUUGGAAGAAACGGCAAUGAUUUCUCCUGGCAAACCGAGUGGAGAGUCUAAGGAGUGUCGUAGCUCCGGUGCCAGAGUAAAUUUGAUGAGAGAGUUGAAAGAAACAUACGAUAUGAUGAACUCCCGCGAUAAGAGGAGCUGGAUCUCGCGGUUCCUGAGCUCUUGUUCAGAUGAUGCCAAGACAUUAUUUGCAGCACUGACUGUUCCGCUUCUGUAUGGAUCAUUCUUGGCAGAGACAAAAUUGAUCCCUUCCAAGUCGAUGCUUCCAACAUUUGAAGUGGGCGAUCGAAUUUUGGCUGAGAAGGUCUCUUAUCUAUUCGGAGAACCUGAAGUCACAGAUAUUGUUAUCUUCAGAGCUCCUUCAAUCCUACAGGAAUAUGGAUUUACAUCAGCUGAUGUCUUUAUCAAAAGAGUUGUGGCUGUAGCUGGGGAUGUUGUUGAAGUUCAUAGUGGCAAAUUGUUGGUGAAUGGUGUGAUCCAAGAUGAGGAAUUUAUUCUUGAGCCACCUGACUAUGAAAUGAAAUCAGUGUUUGUUCCUGAAGGUUGUGUCUUUGUGCUGGGGGAUAAUCGUAACCACAGCUUUGACUCACAUAAUUGGGGGUCUCUUCCAGUAAAGAACAUUCUUGGAAGGUCAGUUCUCCGCUACUGGCCUCCAUCAAGAAUCUCUGACACUAUCUACGAACCAAGUGUGAUGCCAAAUGUGAUGGAAAUUUCUUGAUACUUCUCUUCUUCAAGAACCAUAAAGACUGAAGAGGUCUGGGGACAAUAGUUUCCUGACAUUUAAUCCAUCAACCUAAGACCAGGGACUGUAUAUUUCCGACUUUAGUGCUUACGAUGUGAGGAAAUCAGGUGAAGCUUUCAGCCCAUCAACAAGACGGUGGGUUUUUUAUUUGUCAUGUAAUGCCAAGUUCAUUCUGCUCUGUUUGGCCAUGCGGAAUCUGCAUGGAGGCCACCUAUUCAGCCAUAGGAUUAGGCAGAUUCAAUUCCGAAAUCCACAUUAAGACAGCCCUUUAUUGAAAAAUCUGGCAGAGUUAACACUGGUCAUUCACAAUGACUAGAAGGUCUGCAGGAUUCUGUGUGAUUUUGUUGCCCAAAAAUGAAAUGAAAAAAUUGAAGGUGGGAGAAUGUUUAUGCAAGAUGCAAUUGUUUUGAUUAUCACAUUGGCAUAUUUUCACUGUCGAUAUAUUGUGAUUAGUGUGCUCGAGUGGCUCACUUUCUUAUAUGUUAUGAACUUGAAUAGAUGGUUUUAUGAAUGUAAUAAUUUGAAUGUAGAUAUGUUAAAUGUUCAAAAAGCUAGUGAUA